CCUUAAAGUGUAAGUGUGUGUGCAGCUCUGCUGGGUGUGAGCCGGAGGGGGAGUGGAGAACGGGCGUUUUCAAUGCAAUGAAUACAGCCCUGUACUGCCUUCCCCCCGAUGGCUUUUAAGUGUGUAAAAUAUUUUAUGACGCAAAAACAAAGUGCUCAGCUGAAAUGACAAACAGGUUGAAGCAAAUGAGUAAAACAUUAUCCAAAAGACAAGUAACACCCCCAUAAGUGCAGAGUUAAACGGCAGGGUUUGUGCGCUGCUGAGGGACGGACUUGGACGCGUGGUGUGAAGAAGACCACAGAGUGCUACUGCCAACACACACAGGCUGAAGACUGGGAGAGACGCAGCUAACGAUAACAACAUGGAAGAGCAGCGACCUGACAAUAGGAAGAAGUCCCGAAAAAUAUGCGGGACAAACUACCCACUUAGCAUUUCCUUCAUUGUAGUCAAUGAGUUCUGUGAGAGAUUCUCCUAUUAUGGCAUGAAAGCGUUACUCACACUUUAUUUCAUCCGAUACCUCCACUGGAACAAGAACCUCUCCACUGCUAUAUACCAUGCGUUCUCCGGCCUGUGCUACUUUACCCCUGUAAUAGGGGCUAUCAUAGCAGACUCAUGGCUGGGGAAGUUCAAAACCAUCAUCUAUCUAUCAAUCGUGUAUGUCAUUGGGCAUGUAGUAAAGUCUGUUGGUGCGAUACCAGAUGUAGGGGACAAUAAUGUACACAUAGGUCUGUCCAUGUUUGGCCUCAUCCUCAUCGCUUUUGGAACAGGAGGAAUCAAACCUUGUGUGGCAGCAUUUGGAGGGGACCAGUUUGAGGAAGAACAUACAGAGGAGAGAAGAAAGUUCUUCUCAAUUUUCUAUAUGUCAAUCAAUGCUGGAAGUGUGCUUUCGACCCUCAUCACACCAAUUCUACGAGCUGACGUUCAGUGUUUUGGAGGGGAUUGCUAUGCUCUAGCUUUUGGAGUCCCUGCGGCUUUAAUGAUCAUCGCUCUCGUGGUUUUCAUUGCUGGUAGUGGGCUCUAUAAAAAAUCCCCACCUGAGGGAAAUGUGUUAUUGAAUGUCUGCAAGUGCAUUGGGUUUGCCAUAAGCAAUCGUUGGGGAAGCAGCAAGAAAAGUCCAAAAAGGGAUCACUGGCUGGAUUGGGCUGAGGAAAAGUAUUCGAAAAGUCUAAUUCAGGAGAUCAAAAUGGUGCUCCGGGUGCUGCUUCUCUACAUCCCAUUGCCCAUGUUUUGGGCCCUCUUUGAUCAGCAGGGAUCUCGCUGGACUCUGCAGGCCACUCGUAUGAACAUGGAUUUCGGUGGAGGCUUUGUAGUAAAGCCUGAUCAAAUGCAGAUGCUGAAUGCGCUGCUCAUUCUGGUGUUCAUCCCUAUCUUCGACAUGGGCGUGUACCCGCUCAUCAGCCUUUGUCGGAUCAACCUCACGCCUCUAAAGAAGAUGGCCGCAGGAAUGAUCCUGGCUGCACUUGCUUUCUGUGUCGCAACUAUAGUGGAAAUCAAUGUCAUUAAAACAGUUGUGGAACCUCCACCAGCCAAAGAGUGUUUGCUGCAAGUCCUUAACCUUGUUAAUGGAGAUGCUGUGUCUGUAGAAAUUACAGGACAUAAUAUUUUCCCUGACAAAAUAGAGUCGUAUAAGGAUCCUGUAGGAUACACUAGACUUCCACUUGAGGAUGUCCAGAAAAUCUUACCAGUCACUGUCACUCAAAGCGGAGUGGGUCACCAGUGUGAGCUGAACGUCACUCAGCACACAGUUUAUACCCUUGUCUUGUAUCGUGAGAAUUCUAAUAUUAUGUGUAAACAGGCAGAGGAUAAUAUAAUCAAAUCUGAGAACGGAGAAGCCUUCCUCAGAUUCAUCAAUACUUACUCAGAGAAUAUGAACAUUACAGUAGGCAGUGAAGAUUUCUUUGCAUCGAGCAAUUACGGGAUCUCACAGAGCUUAAAUGUUGAAAGAGGAAAAUACAUGCAAGUUCCCUGCAAAUCAGACACAAAGACACAUCAUAUUGAUCUGGGGCUUCUUGACUUUGGUGCCACAUACACAUUCAUUCUUCUCGGGGAUGGAAAUAAAGUAACAGUUCAUAUGAUCGAAGAUGUUCAGGCAAACAAUGUGCACAUCGCCUGGCAGAUCCCACAGUACGUCCUCAUCACUGCUGGGGAGGUCAUGUUCUCCAUCACUGGUCUAGAAUUCUCAUAUUCCCAGGCGCCAGCAAGUAUGAAGUCUGUGCUACAGGCAGGAUGGCUUCUUACUGUGGCUUUUGGGAAUGUCAUUGUUCUGAUUGUGGCAGAGGGAGCUGGGCUGGAGCAGUGGACAGAGUUUCUGCUCUUUGCUGCACUGCUGGUUGCAGUCAGCAUCAUCUUCUCCAUCAUGGCCUAUUUCUACACCUAUGUGGACCCUGAUCAGCUGGACAAGCUCACCAAAGAAGAUGACAAGAUGGUUGACUUUAAGGAGAAAGAAAAACAGAAUAUUGACAUGACUGAAGUCACACAGAGCACAAAGAUUUAGCACAAUGACUUGUUGCUUCUGGUGUAUAAUUUAUACUAACUCAGAUCAAAACUAAUGAUAUCAGUCAGGAAAUAAUGUUCAUUGAAUUUUUGUUAAUAAUGUCAAUUUUAGGACCAUUCUAAUGGCACAUAUAAAUAUCAUAUUUAAAACAAGAAAUAACUAAAUGCUAAAAUUUGAUGGCUGUAUUUAUCUUUGUGUUUAGGCAUUUAGGACAAAACAUCUAAUUUAAAGCUGCUGGAUGUACAUUUAUAAGGAUAAGCGUAAUAGUGGAUGUAUUUUGUGUCCAUUAACAGUAUGAUGCUAAUGCUAUAUAUACUGAUUUCAGACAAUAACAGAGCUGCCAGUUUAUUAAAUGCAGACGUACAGAUGAAGAAAUGGGCAGCACAGGGCCUCAGCUCCAGGGUCCAGGAUUUUAUCCUGAUUUCAGGCUACUGUCUGCUUAAAUUUGCUUGUGGCUUGCUAUUUUGCCUGAAUGUUCCAGUCAGUUUCCUGCUCUGGACCCACCACAACCAUAGUACAUACAUCUUAUAUACAGUUUAUAGACUGUAGUUUCAACAGCACAUCAUUGAAUCAUUGAGAGAAUUGGGGCUCAUGACCUUGACUGUGAUAAACAUGUACUGACAAUAAAGUAAUUAUGGAUGUAGCUGGGAAUCUGGUGUAUAUCAGACAUACCAAAUCAGCUGAUAUUUUUUUAUUGUCAAUUUGCACAGACUAAUAUAAACAUAUCAGUGGCUUUUUUUUUUUUUUUUGUGAAAGAAAUUGUGUGAAUAAAAUUCAUUUUCAGAUUAGUGUUUGAUUUCAAUGUUUGU